GAUGAACCAUCUACCUUGCCUUUCUAAUAAGAAUUAAUCAUCUAUUGUGUUUUCAUUUUUUCCAAUUUUCCGUCUACAGCUCAUAUACAUAGCAAUUUGUAUCAAUGCUCCCUAAAACAGGGUUGGAGAUAGUUUGCAUUUUCCUUACCUUAGGGCGUGGGCGGGGCCGGUUUUUGAAAGAGCACUCUCUGGUGCAUAUGAAAAAAGUUGUGGUUUUGUGUGUGUGUUAAAAAAAAGAAGCCAUCAAGUACUUUAGCUGGUCUUUCCAUUUGCCCCAGGGGAUGCUGUUUCAAAACCCCACCCACACAGCAAGUGGCCCUUUGUAGCCAAUAAAUUGCCCUUAACCCUCCCCACUUGUUGCCUCCUUGUGAGGAAGUGGGUGGUUGGGUGGAGGUAGGCUGCUUUGAUGGCAAACAGGAAAAGGGCAGCAGCUGAGGAUUCUGCUUUCUGGUUCUCAAACAACCCUGCUGCAGAUAAAUUGCUAAACAGUAAUAAUAAUGAGGAGGAAGAGGAGGAGGAUGACGAAGAGGAGGAGGAUGAAGGACCUGAGGAACUACGGCCAGGCACCUCCCAAAGCACCCCCAAGCGGGUCAAGCCCUUGGUACACCGGCCUCCCCCUAAGCAGCUGAAAAUGAUCCCGGUGGUUAAGAAGGAUAAGGCGACCCAGCGUGGGCACGCCUUGAAGAAAAGUCUUGAGAGCCGCUGCUCAGACUGCACAAGGAGCCUGCACGCCACCAGCCGGGGCCGCCAGAGGAGCGAGGCCAACGCCGCUCGGGAAAAACCUUUCCAGUGUGGGGACUGCGGGAAAAGCUUCAUCUGGAGUUCUCACCUGGAGCGCCACCGGCGGAUGCAUACGGGGGAGAAGCCCUUCAAAUGCCUCAACUGUGGAGAAGCCUACAGCCAGAACUUCCACCUCUUGCAGCACCGGUGCUCCCAGCUGAUUGAGAAGCCCUUCAAGUGCCCCGAGUGCGGGAAGCGCUUUGCCCAGAGCUCGGCCCUGGAGAACCAUCGGAAGGGCCACACGGCAGAGAAGCCCCACAAGUGCACCGACUGCGGGAAGUGUUUUAUCUGGGCUUCCCACCUGGAGAGGCACCGGCGCGUCCACACCGGGGAGCGGCCUUUCAAAUGCCCUGAGUGCGGCGAGACAUACAGCCAGAGUGCCCACCUGGCCAAGCACCGACGCAACCACAUGGGAGAGCGGCCUUACAACUGCCCGGCCUGCUGGAGAAGCUACGCUCUGAUCUCUGAGCUGGAGGAGCACAAGAAAACCCACCUGGGCUGCGAAGACUGCGGGAAGGUCUACCGGAGCAGGCAGACGCUGAUGCGGCACCAACGGGGCCACCACCGCGAGCGCACCCACCUCUGCGAGGAAUGCGGGAAAGGGUUUGUCUGGGCCUCCCACCUGGAGCGCCACCGCCGGGUCCACACCGGGGAGCGCCCUUUCCCCUGCCCCACCUGCGGGGAGAAGUUUGCCCAGAAAGUCCAUCUCCUCCAGCACAACAAGACGCACUCCCAUGCACGGCCCUACAAGUGCGGGGACUGCGACAAGCGCUUCGGGGACAGUUCGGCUUUCCUGGCCCACCAGCGGGGACACGCCAUGGAGAAGAACCACAAGUGCCAGUACUGCGGGAAAAGCUUUGCCUGGAGCUCCCACCUCGAGAGGCACCAGAGGAUCCACACGGGGGAGAAGCCCUACAAAUGCCCCGAUUGCCCCGAGCACUUUAGCCAGACCUCCCAGCUCUUCAAGCACCAACGCAGUCACCUGGGCAAGAGGCCCUACAAGUGCAGCGAGUGCGGGCGCAGCUUUGGCACCACCCUGGAAGUCAUCAUCCACCAGCGGACCCACUUUGGGGCCAAGCCCUAUAGAUGCUCCCACUGCGGGAAGGGGUUCACCCGACGUGCCAACCUGCUGAAGCAUCAAAGGAGCCACGUGAAGGAGAGCCCGUAAGGAACACGUCACUGGGCCAAAGGUGGUGAGGAAAAGUGUCCUCCUCCUGCAUUAAAGACAGUCUAGAAUCCACGCAAAGAGAAGCCCUUCUGUAGGUUCUGAUGAUGGGGAAGCUGCAGGGCUGAUCCCGCUCUUGCAACAGCACCAGAUAAAUCUGCACGUGGUUGAGGAAUAUUUCAGAAAACGCAAUAGCUUAUAAAUGAAGAGAUUGUAGAAAUGCCGUGGUGUGGAAGAGGUGUGGCCGACACCAGGUUCUUGAAAGAAGGCCUAUCAAGGUAAAAAUAGCAACCAUGUCCACUGGGAAAUUGAUCCUGAUUUAGAAUUCAUAUGGAUGUCUUAUUUGCAUUUGUUUGACACUGUGUACAUAUAAAUAUACCCCAAUUUUUUGGGAAAAAAAGCUUUA